GUUACGGCUGUCUACACAGGAAACAAUCGCAUGAACUUGAGGUUGCCUGGCAACCUAUAAAUUUGUACAAGUGCAAUUCGGAUCCACAACAGAGGUAAGUUUUGAGGAAAAAUGUUCAAGUCCCUGGCUCCGAUUGAGGGAAACCAGCAGCCACAGCUGCAGAUGCUCUGGGAGGACAAGGAUGUCAAGUUCGAUGUGCCACAAUUGCACAAAAACCUACGCAGCGGAGAACGAGUACUGGAUUACAUUUACCACAUCGAAGACAGUAAGGGAAAUCCGGGGGACACGGGUCGUCUGAUGGUCACCAAUCUGCGGAUCAUUUGGCACUCGCUGGUCCACAAGAAGUACAAUCUGUCCAUCGGAUAUGCCCGGAUAUGCAACACCAACACUCGAAUUGUGCACAUGCACGCCAAGGCGAGGAUUGCCAGCCAGGCCCUCUACAUCCUGGCCAUUAGCAACGAGACCCGCUUCGAGUUCCUUUUCACCGACGUGUCCGGGGAGACUUCACGCCGGGAUCAGCCCAUAUUCGCCAGCGUCUUUGAUGUCUAUCAUUUGUAUCAACGCACUUAUCUCUACCGCGACCUGAAGCUGCGCGGAGCCAUCGUUCAGUCGGGUCAACUGGUCAUCCUGCCAGAUGAGCAGGUCUACAGCCAGGUGCAGGGAGUCUGGAACUUGUCCAGCGACCAGGGCAACCUCGGCAGCUUUGUGGUGUCCAACAUUCGACUGGUGUGGUUUGCCGAUGCCAACGAGACUUUCAACAUCAGCUUGCCGUAUCUACAAAUCGAAAGUCUUCGCGUCCGUGAGUCAAAAUACGGGCCUGCCUUGGUCAUCCAAACAGCAGAGACGGGAGGAGGAUAUGUGCUCGGCUUUCGCGUCGAUCCCGCCGAGCGUCUGAACGAGCUGUUCAAGGAGCUCUGCUCGCUGCACACGAUCUACGGCGAGCAGCCGAACUUCGGUAUCCAAUACAACGCCCAGGAUGCUCGGCAGCGACUGGCGGAGGCCGCCGAGGAAGCCGCCCAGGCCUCCCAGUUCAAGGUCGACAACUUUGAGGAGCUGGACGAGCGGCAGGAGCGGGAGAUCAACACCAAACUGAACAGCUACCUUGCCGAAGGCUGUUUGGGGAAGUUGGCAAGUGGAUCUGGUUCUGGCCAGGAAGAGAAGGUUCCGGUUUACUGCAAGGAGCUGGGUUUCGCCAUGGAGCAAAUAAAGGAUGGGUACAAGUUACAGGACCUGUGGAACGUCAUGCCCACCAAAAUGGAAACGAUGGAAUGAGUUACAGAAAGCAAGUGAAUGUGUUAAGGAUCAACAAAUAAAAAAUGUGUAGAGGUGUUUUUAAUAAUUCAUUUGACUAAACAAACACUUGCAUUACGAUUGUGGGAAUUUUGUGUUGCAAAAGAAACAUACUUAAAACCUCAAUCUGUUACAUAUAAAAAAUGUUUUUAAUUAAAAAGUUGGAAGUUAGA